GAGAUCUCAGGUCCCAAGUCACUUGGUGGGAGACAGCCUUCUGACUACUAUUCAUAUUUAAGGUAGCCUCCCCCAGCCAGCCUCUCUUUACAUCUCCCUGUCUUAUCUCCUUCGUUGUUCACCCUUAGACAUUAUCUUCUUCAUUCAUCGUGCACUUAUUUGUUUUGUGUGUCUCCUCCACCGGAGGGGCCUUGGUCUCAUUCAUCUCUGUUUCUCCUUGGCACACAGUAACCAUUCAACCAGUCAGUAUUUUGCUCACGUUUGAGUCUCCGUGUCCACCUGUGUCCCUGUCUCGUGCAAGUGGCUGCCCCCUGUAGGAGUAUAUGGUCGAUAGAAAAUGAAUAAUCCCCUCCCUUCUUUCCCCAAACUUGCCUCUCACCCACCUCCUCCCUUGAUUUCUGCCCCCUUCCUCUCUCUCCUGCCCAGAUACCCAGAAAUUAUUCCAAACGAUGCAGGACAGGUGGAUGACUUAAUUGGCCUGUGGCCGUCCUGUGACCACUCUGAGCUCCCCCUGAACAAACCAGAGUCAGUGAUGCACCUUCACACCCACUAAGGGGCACGCAAGUCAGAGGACGCUGGAGUCAGGGGACUCUUAAAACCAAGGCCAGGCCAGGCCCAGCUGACAAACAGGAAGUGCACAGGUAUCCAGGAGACACACCUGGUAUUCAGAUGAGGAAGACUGAGGCCUGUUGGAAGUACAAAGCACAGCCCUUGCACCCUCUGCCCCCGAGAGCUCCAUGCAGGUGCCACAAGAUGGAGAGGACUUUGUGGGCCAACCCUGGUACCACGGCCCCCUGUCCCGCCAGAAGGCCGAGGACCUUCUCCAGCAAGAUGGUGACUUCUUAGUUCGUGCGUCCAAGUCCCGUGGGGGCCACCCUGUGAUCUCCUGCCGCUGGCGAGGCUCAGCCCUGCACUUCGAGGUGCUUCGUGUGGCCCUGAGGCCUCGGCCAGGCCGGCCCACAGCCCUCUUUCAGCUAGAGGAUGAGCGUUUCCCCAGCCUGCCUGCCCUGGUUCGCAGCUAUGUGAUUGGCCAGCGUCCACUGUCCCAAGCCACAGGGGCUGUGGCCUCCAGGCCAGUGCCACGGCAAGGACUAAUUCGACGCAGCUUUAGUGAGGACACCCUUCCAGACGGCCCGGCUAGCACAGAGCCUCUCAGGGAUAGGAAGCGGAGUGAUAGUCAGCCCGCAGGUUUGGAGCAUAUGUGGCGGCCACCAGAAGACCCUCCUGGACCAGGAUCCUCCACUGUACCUGCAUCUGGCCUGCCUCGGACAGGUAGUGACCCCGUGAUACUAAAGACCCCAGUUCCCUUGGGGUCCGUUGCUGACAGUCUCAGGGCCUCUGAUGGGCAGCUUCAUGCCAAGGCCCCAACCAAGCCACCUCGAACACCCUCAUUGCUACUGCCUGAUGCCUCUGGACGCCCCCCGACGUACUGUGAGCUGGUGCCCCGAGUGCUCAGGGUCCAAGGACCGCCCCCUGGCCACAGCUGCCCAGAGUCAGAGGUGCCCUGGUGGGAAGCCGAGGAGGAGAAAGAGGAGGACACAUGUUUUGCAAGACCACAGGCUGAGGUCUCUUUCUGUCUCCCUGACACCCCCUUCUGCCUGCUGGGCUCCCAGAAUCGGCCUCUGGAACCCGAAGUCCUGCAUACUCUCCGUGGCCUGUUCCUGGAACACCAUCCUGGGAGCACAGCUCUCCACCUGCUAUUAGUAGACUGCCAGGCCACAGGUGUCCUGGGAGUUACCAAGGCUCAGCGGGGCGCCAUGGGGGUCGCCUCCGGUCUGGAGCUGCUCACACUUCCCCACGGGCAUCGUUUGAGGUUGGAAUUGCUGGAGAGGCUCGAGACGCUGGCGUUGGCUGGGGCGCUGGCAGUGCUGGGCUGCGCAGGGCCGCUGGAAGAACGCGCAGCCACCCUGAGGGGCCUGGUGGAGCUGGCCGUGGCGCUGCGGCCAGGGGCGGUGGGGGACCUGCCCGGACUGGCCGCGGUGAUGGGCGCCUUGCUCAUGCCCCAGGUGUCGCGUUUGGAACGCACGUGGCGCCACCUGCGAAGGAGCCACACGGAGGCUGCGCUGGCCUUUGAGCAGGAGCUGAAGCCGCUGAUGAGAUCGCUGAAUGAGGGCGCCGGACCCAGCGAUCCCGGCGAGGUGGCGCUGCCGCAUGUGGCACCCGCGGCGCGCCUGCUGGAGGGUGAGGAACUCCCGGGGCCCUUGGACGAGAGCUGCGAGCGGCUGCUGCGCACCCUGCACCGGGCGCGUCAGACGGCCCGGGACGCGCCCAGAUUCCGUGAGGCUGUGGCGCGGCGCCUGCGAGCGUCCUCUCACAGCGCCUGGAGCCCGACCCUUGAAAGCACAAGCCCCCUUCUCACGCUGGGAUACCCAAGCAUCUGGGGACUCCUGAUGGAGACCAAGGAAGCUGCCCAAGUUUCUUCACCCAGCCAGAUACAGUGGGGACCUGCACCCUGCUGCACAGAAGGAGCAGACUGGUUUGCAAGAACCCACCUUGCACCCUAAAAAGGCAUGUGGAUCCUGGGAGUGGACAGCUCCUGCCUUACACUAGAAGACCCAGAUGUAUGGAGGCUCUGCACACCCCACCCCACCCCUCAAGUGGUGAAUGUAUGUCUCUUAAUGUUAAAGAGAACUUGAAGAUCUGUCUGUAAGAGGCCAGAGUUCAAGUGUUUUAAAAGCUGUGUGACUUUUAUCAGAUCACUUGACCUCUCUGUGCCCAGUUUCAAUAUAAAAGUGAGACUGUA